AGCACCAUGAGAACAAAACUGAUUUUGUUAACGAUCUGCAUUUACCUUUGUAUUGCUUCAGCAGAGGAUCAGAAUUCCACUGCCGAAAUCCGUGGGGAUGUGAUAAAGCUACUAAAGGGCACUGAGAAGCUAAUCGUUGGUGUGGAGGAAGUGAAGAGGGUGCAAAAGGGCAUCGAGGAGAAGUUCAAGCAUCAGCGGGAUGAGAUCGAGCUCAUUGCCGGACUGGAGCUUGCCAUAGCCCAACUGGAGGGAAAAGUUAUCGGUGGCUCCCAGGCAUCUGCCUCCGGAGUGGCCAACUUGUCGGCCAUUGUCGGGGCAACGCAGAGGCAAAAUGAACAGGCCAUUAGGAACCUGACCAAGGUGGAGCUGGACAUCAGAGGUGCCCUAGAUAAGGUGGCUGCCAACCAGACCAAAUAUGAGAAGGAUCUGGAUUCGGUGAUCUCAUCCGUCAACGCAAAUCUAACUGGGAUCCAGCAGGUGCUGGGGCAGGCUGUCAUCGGAAAGCUCAUUGUGCUGGACAACAAGGCUAAGAUUCUCCAGCAGCAGCAGCACAGCAUCGUUAGUCAGGUUGGAUACCUGGAGCAACUGAAGGCCCUGACGGAUCGUGCCAAUCGCAAGGUGAACCAACUGGAGUGGGGUCUAGCCAUGCUCAAUCGCACCCAGACCGAGAGCCUCAAUAGCAUCGAAAACACUUUCCAUGGAGUGCAGGUGGCCACCUCUCAGAUUGAUCACAAACUUGGUGUCCUGCUGGACAACCAAAAAAGCAUUGAAACGACACUGCAGGACUGGAAGCGCAAAAAUCCCCCAAAUCCUAAGCCCCACGAAGUCUGGACCCAUCCGGAACACAAGCUCGGUUACCAGUCGAGGCCAGAGCAAAAACCUGAAGUCGAAAACAGAUACGCUACCGAAGAGGAAGCUGAAUACCUAUAUAAACUCUGGUACGGUGAAGGUCAGCAGGAUUAGCCUGUUCGUUCCUAUCAAAAAACACUAGAAAAUUGUAUUAAACUUCUAAGACUUCUUACUUUUAUCAAACGAUUUUCUGUAGCUCCUUUCUAACUUUCCCAAAUAUAUAAACAUUAAAUAAAAGAACAA